CUAAAAUUUGUCUUUUAUUUUGUUACGCAGAAGUCCAGAUCUUAUGUAAAAUGGAUGUUUCUCACACUACAUACUGAACAUUAAGUAGAAAAUCCAUUAGUAAAAUCUAAGUUGCCAUGGAAGAAAUACCAGUAAAAGUUGCUGUAAGAAUUAGACCUCUACUUUGCAAAGAAGUUCUUCAUAAUCAUCAAGUUUGUGUGAGAGUUGUCCCAAACACCCAGCAAGUUAUCAUCGGAAGAGAUAGAGUUUUUACUUUUGAUUUUGUUUUUGGCAAAAAUUCCUCUCAAGAUGAAGUUUAUAAUACAUGUAUAAAACCCCUAGUAUUGUCAGUCAUUGAGGGCUAUAAUGCAACUGUUUUUGCCUAUGGACAAACUGGAUCUGGAAAGACGUACACCAUUGGAGGAGGCCAUGUUGCUUCAGUUGUAGAUGGACAAAAGGGUAUCAUUCCUCGAGCUAUCCAAGAAAUAUUUCAAAGCAUCUCUGAACAUCCUAGCAUUGACUUUAGUGUAAAAGUAUCUUAUAUAGAAGUCUACAAGGAAGACCUAAGAGAUCUUCUAGAAUUGGAGACAUCCAUGAAGGAUCUUCACAUCCGAGAAGAUGAAAAAGGAAACACAGUGAUUGUUGGGGCCAAGGAAUUCCAUGUAGAGAAUGCAGAUGAAGUGAUGAGUCUUCUGGAGGUGGGGAACGCAGCCAGACAUACAAGUACCACCCAAAUGAAUGAGCAUUCCAGCAGAUCACAUGCAAUUUUUACAAUCAGCAUUUGUCAAGUUGAGAAAAAUAUGGAGGCAGCUGAAGAUGGAUCUUGGUAUUCCCGUCGGCAUAUUGUCUCAAAGUUCCACUUUGUGGAUUUGGCUGGAUCAGAAAGAGUAACCAAAACAGGGAAUACUGGUGAACGGUUCAAAGAAUCCAUUCAAAUCAACAGUGGGUUGCUGGCUUUAGGAAAUGUAAUAAGUGCUCUUGGGGACCCACGUCGGAAGAGUUCUCAUAUUCCAUACAGGGAUGCUAAAAUUACCCGGCUUCUGAAAGAUUCCCUAGGAGGCAGUGCUAAGACUGUCAUGAUCACAUGUGUCAGCCCAUCCUCCUCAGAUUUUGAGGAGUCCUUAAAUUCUCUUAAAUAUGCAAACAGAGCACGGAACAUUAGAAACAAACCCACUGUGAAUGUCAGCCCUGAGUCAAACCGCAUGGAUGAAAUGGAAUUUGAGAUUAAAUUGCUUCGAGAAGCUUUGCAAGGCCAGCGGACUAGUGUCAGCCAGACUAGCCAGAUCCACCGAGAGGGGACUCCUGAUAAAAAUAGAAUCCAUUCUCUGGAGGAGCAAGUAGCUCAGCUACAAGGAGAGUGUCUGGGUUACCAAACUUGUAUAGAAGAAGCCUUUACCUUCCUGGUGGACUUAAAAGAUGCUGUCAGACUAAAUCAAAAUCAGCAACACAAGCUGCAGGAGUGGUUUAACAUGACCCAGGAGACCAGAAAGGAUGUCUUCACCUCAUGGCGAGAAAACCGAAUCGUUGGUAACCUGGAAGAAGGACCCCAGCAUAUUACAGUUCUCCAACUGAAGAGAGAGCUUAAGAAAUGCCAGUGUGCUCUUGCUGCUGAUGAGGUAGUAUUUAAUCAGAAGGAACUGGAAAUGAAGGAACUGAAGAGUCAAGUACAAAUGAUGGUACAGGAGAACAAAGGACAUGUGGUAUCUUUGAAGGAAGCACAAAAAGUGAAUAGAUUGCAGAAUGAAAAAAUAAUAGAACAACAGCUUCUUGUGGAUCAGCUGAAUGAAGAACUAACAAAACUUAACCUGUCAAUGACUUCUUCAGCUAAGGAAAAUUGUGGAGAUGGGCCAGAUGCCAGGAUUCCUGAAAAGAGACCAUAUACUGUACCAUUUGAUACUCAUUUGGGUCAUUAUAUUUAUAUUCCAUCCAGGCAAGACUCCAGGAAGGUCUAUACAAGUCCUUCUGUGUAUUCUUUGGAUCAAGUAUUUGCUGGAUUUCGAACACGAAGUCAGAUGCUGUUGGGUCACAUAGAAGAACAAGAUGAAGUCCUCCAUUGCCAAUUUUCUGAUAACAGUGAUGAUGAAGAAUUAGAAAGCCAAGAGAAAUCUGGAAUUAGAUGUACAAGUCGCUCAUGGACUCGGAAGCCAGGCUCUGUUUGUUCUCUUGUUGAACUGAAUGAUACUCCGGAUGAAACACAAAAGUCAAAUUUAGUGAACGAAGAUUUAAAGAUUGAAUGUCUCCAGGAGAGUCACGAGGUGAAUUUGCAAAAAUUAAGGAAUUCAGAACGCCUACUUACUGAAGCUAAACAAAAAAUGAGAGAACUUACAAUUAACAUCAAGAUGAAGGAAGAUCUGAUUAAAGAAUUAAUAAAAACAGGUAAUGAUGCCAAGUCUGUAAGCAAACAGUACUCUCUGAAAGUAACAAAACUAGAGCAUGACGCAGAACAGGCGAAAGUGGAACUAACUGAAACACAAAAGCAGCUACAGGAGCUGGAAAACAAAGAUCUUUCGGAUGCUGCUUUGAAGGUAAAAUUACAGAAAGAAUUCCGUAAAAAGAUGGAUGCAGCAAAGCUGAAAGUCCAGGUCUUACAGAAGAAGCAACAAGAUAGUAAGAAAUUGGCAUCACUGUUAAUCCAAAAUGAGAAGCGUGCUAACGAACUAGAGCAGAAUGUAGAUCACAUGAAAUAUCAAAAGGUACAGCUGCAAAAAAGAUUUCGAGAAGAAAAUGAAAAAAGGAAGCAACUGGAUGCAGAAAUUAAGCGGGAUCAACAGAAAAUCAAAGAACUACAGUUAAAAUCAGAAGAAGAAGUUCUAAAAAUAAAAGCUGAAGAUGUUGAUGCAUUUAACUUGAAAAGGAAAAAAGAUCCAUUUGGAAAUAUAGACCAACUCCAGAAAUUGGAUGAGCAAAAGAAAUGGUUAGAUGAAGAGGUAGAGAAAGUUCUGAACCAACGCCAAGAAUUAGAGGAGCUGGAAGAAGACUUAAAGAAACGAGAGGCCAUAGUUUCUAAGAAGGAGGCCCUGUUACAGGAGAAGAGCCACCUGGAAAAUAAGAAGUUGAGAUCUAGUCAGGCCUUAAGCACAGACAGUUUGAGAAUAUCAACUCGCCUAAACUUGUUGGACCAAGAGUUGUCUGAAAAGAGCAUGCAGCUCCAGGGAAGCACAGCUGAGGAGCAAAUAAAGAUUUCAGAACAAGUUCAAACCCUCCAGAAAGAAAAGGAUCAGCUCCAGAGACGAAGAAACAGUGCAGAUGAAAAACUUAAAAAUGGUAGAGUGUUAUCACCCGAAGAAGAACAUGUUCUUUUACAACUUGAAGAAGGGAUUGACGCUUUGGAAGCUGCCAUUGAAUACAAGAAUGAAAGUAUCCAGAGUCGCCAGAACGCAAUUAGAACAUCAUUCCAAAACCUCUCUCACAGUGAAGCAAAUAUCCUGGAAAAGCUAACUUGCCUGAGUCCUGUUGAGAUUAGAGCUCUUCUGUUCAGAUAUUUUAAUAAGGUGGUUAAUUUGCGAGAAGCUGACCGGAAACAACAGUUACAUAAUGAAGAAAUGAAAAUGAAGGUUCUGGAACGGGAUAAUAUGGUUCAUGAGUUGGAAUCUGCACUGGACCAUGUGAAAUUGCAGUGUGACCGGAGACUAACCCUCCAGCAAAAGGAACAUGAGCAAAAGAUGCAGUUGCUGUUGCAUCACUUCAAAGAGCAAGAUGGAGAAGGCAUUGUGGAAACUUUAAAAACAUAUGAAUAUAAAAUCCAGCAGUUGGAAAAAGAUCUUUAUUUCUAUAAGAAAACCAGCAGACAUCUUAAGAAGAAACUCAAGGAACUUGUAGGGGAAGCAGUUCGGAAGCAACUAGCACCAUCAGAACAUCAUGAUGCUAGAAGUGGAGUCCUAAACCCAGAAGAAGCAGGCAUGCUUUCAGAAGACUUAAAAUGGGCAUCCAGAACUGAAAGUCUGAAAUUAAUUGGAAAAGAAAUAGAAAUGGACAGUUCGGCAAGCAGUUUAAGAACACAACCAAAUCAUCAGAAGCUUGGGGAAGAAGUCACAGAAUUGCCUCCCAUUUAUAGCUCUUUAGCACCCCCCAGUGGGCAUUUGUUAAGCAAUGAAGAUAAAACAGAAACAGAUGAAAAUCGGUUUACAAAAUCUUACUGUGGACCAUCAUCCCAAAUUCAACCUGUGGAAAAUGUGGGACAACUUCAUGGUGUUACACCUGUAAAAUUGUGUCGUAAAGAAUUACGUCAAAUUUCUGCCUUGGAGGUAUCAUUACGACGUUCCAGUCUUGGAGUUGGGGUUGGAUCAAUGACUGCUGACUCCAUUGAAGUAUCUAGGAAACCAAGUGACUUAAAAACUUAAACAUUUAACAACAGAGGUUUUAAUUUAGUAGAUAUGUAAAAAGAUUCC